AUGAAGAUCUUGCAGAGCUUACGCAUUCUAGGUGCCUCCGCAGUAGUGGAGGGGUGUGUUGACUGGUCUGCUCUCGAUUGUUGUCCAACACGUGGCCCUUUACUUCCACUCUUCUCACCUACACACGGCAACAUUGGGGCACUUGACGGACCUGGAAAUAGCUCCUCAACACAUGCAAUCGUGGAGUCAGUAACAGAGAAAUCACUUUCUCUAUUGUCCACACCACUGGAAUGUUCACUCUCCUCCAUUGCAACCGGAGCAGAGUGCCGUGUAACUGAGGACUUAUUGCUUGAAAUCCUCGUCUUCUUCGAUACUUCUCUUUCGCACCUUCUAAUUUUGGGGUUUACUGUUGCUCUACCUUCCACUUUGGUAACCGAUCCUCUUGAUGAAUCAACUAAAUCGUACGGAAACAUUUUGCUUUAUCAACAGAACACCACUCCAUGCUACACUACCCGUUGCUCCUCAACACAUGCAAUCGUGGAGUCAGUACCAGAGGAAUCACUUUCCCUUUUGUCACCACCACUGGAAUGUUCACUCUCCUCCAUUGCAACCGGAGCAGAGUGCCGUGUAACUGAAGACUUAUUCCUUGAAAUCCUCGUCUUCUUCGAUACUUCUCUUUCGCACCUUCUAAUUUCGGGGUUUACUGUUGCUCUACCUUCCACUUUGGAAACCGAUCCUCUUGAUGAAUCAACUAAAUCGUACGGAAACAUUUCGCUUUAUCAACAGAACACCACUCAAUGCUACACUUCCCGUUUAUUAACUGCACAACAUACUGAAAAUAGCGUCAUUGAUUCAAUGAAGAUCUUGCAGAGCUUACGCAUUCUAGGUGCCUCCACAGAAGUGAAGGGGUGUGUUGACUGGUCUGCUCUCGAUUUUGGUCCAUCACGUGGCCCUUUACUUCCACUCUUCUCACCAACACACGCCAACUUUGGUGCACUUGUCGGACCUGGAAAUAGUGACCACGAUUAG